CAGCCAUGUUGCUCAGCGUGAGGGGAACCGUCCGUAGUUCGACCCCGGCCGGUGGCAAGCCGGGGAAGGUGAAGCUGAAGAUCCGGAACAUGGUGCCGAAGCCGAACCCUGAUGCGGUGGAUUCCUCCAGGUCUUUGCCGGCGAAGCCUCCUCGUCCUCGGCCGGUAGAUUCACGGCACCAGCAAAAGGUUGUAUUUAUUUGGUACAGUGUGCUUGCAUUUGCACCGAAUUCCUACAUAAUUUGUUUCGAGAAAAGAAUAAGCCGCCUUUCUGAAAUCAAAUGGAAAUCUAACCGGAUUUGCUAAACUAAAAAAAGACACACAAUUGGCAACUGAUUCAAAAGGAUGAUCUGCUUGUAGACUGAAGGCGCAAAAUAUUGUGACAAGUCAUUUUCUUCAAGAGACAAGAAAUCCAGAAAGGAGAGGUUAGUUGAAGAAGAAAUGGCUCAGGAGCAAUCAGCCAAAGUUCAGAGAGAACCGUCUUCAGAUCCUGUCCGGAAGAGUAGGAGGCUUGCUAAGAAAUUUGUAUUGGACAAUGAAAUAGAUGAGGACUAUGAUACAAUUAAUAUUGGAACUCCUGCCUGGUUCAGAGAGAACCGUCUUCAACCAGGCAGGAUGCAAGUGGAAAAGCCUCUCAAUCUUUGAAACGUUUCAAUUUCCAGGAGCCGUCAGCUAUGUGUAAUCUUUGUAGGCUGAAGCUAUAAGCAAAAUAUUGGGCCUGGACUCUGAGAAGAAGGAAGAGAGGAAGCAAAAGGAUCCGGAAGAGAAGGUUCUGAUCACAAAGUGCAAUGGACCUUCCAGUAGCAGAUCCUGGAACAGAGAGAGGCGAAGGCCCGCUCAUUCAAUGUCCGUACUGCGAUUCAGAGGCAAUGCACAAACUGGCACAGCUCCUGCUCCCUGGCCUGGCUGCAGUCUGCGUUGAUGGCACGACAGGUGAUCUGUUCAGGAAGCCCUCCGUUGUCGCGGUUGAGUUAAGGAAGGAGAUGGUGGACUACAUCACGCAGAGGAGCGAUACUUUCAUUGCCGAUGCCCUGAUCGAGUCCGAAGCGAAUCAGGACCCUGAGAAUGAGAUGCCGGAUGACCCUUUCGAAAUCGUUUCAAUUUUUAUGGAUGAUUUCAGCAGCACCAAGAGGAAUAUCAUCGGUCAUGUCUCUGGGUGGCUGCUGAGCGACAACCGUGAGGAUAAGAUUGAUGACUUUGUCCAGGAGAUGGAGAUGACCCGCUUCUGGCCUCUAGAUAGGAGGGAAGCCAUCGCCGAGGUCCUCCUCAAGAAUGUCGACCUCAAGACCAAGUUCCACUGCCCUGAGAAGUAUGAAAAUGAGGAGCGGCUGGCUGAUCACAAGGAACGAUGUAGCUUCAGACCUGUUACUUGCUCAAAUGACGGAUGCCGAGCCAAAGUUUCUGUCCGCUGCAUGGAUGCUCAUGAUGCUGCUUGCCCAUUCAAGAUCCUUCAGUGCGAGCAGAACUGUGACAAGCGCCUCCUGAGGCGUGAUAUGGAUAGGCACUGUGUCACCGUCUGCCCAAUGAGGCCCAUGAAGUGCCCCUUCGGCUGCGAUUCCUCAUUCGCUGAGCGUGAUCUCGAGAAGCACUGCUUGGAGUUCCUUCAGGCACAUUUGCUUAAGGUCCUUAAGGUGAUUCACAAGAAAGGGCGUUCCGAAGAAGAACUUAAGGAACUUGCUCAGAAGCUAGAAAAGUAUGAUGAACAUGGUAAGCUGGCUAAAGCUCUGGAUGCAAGACCUCUUACUAAUGCUGUGAAGGACCUUGAAGCAAAGAUGAAAGGUGAACCCUCGAGUUAAAGGGUCUUUUAUACAGCCAAACCUAACAAGAUGGAUAAUGGCAUGGAUUAGUUUGAAGAGUUUGUUCCUACGUAUAGUACAGCAUACAGAGAAGAAUAUAAGUUCUGUUUUAUUUUUUGCUUCUUUCUCUCCUUUCACAAUCAAAUCAAUUUGUCAGUAUUAUAUUGUACUAUUGCUAUGCGCCUGCAAGGCUGCAAUUUUGUACAAGUAUAUUGUUUGUUUUGGUAUAUAAAUGAAAGGUGGCGGUAAA